UUAAUAAAAUCUUUAUGAGCACAGUAUUUUAUUAACAAUUAAUAAACAUAAUAUGGCCCAAGCUUAUGAUAGUUAUUACAAUGAUUAUCAUAAAAAUGCUGAACUACAGCAAAAUUUAAAGUACAAGAAAAAAUACCGAAAACUUAAGAGGAUCGUGAAAAAUACUGUAUUUGAAAACGCAGCACUAUGUGAUCAAGUUGCACAUAUGCAAGAAAAUUUGAUGUUGGUUAAAGAGGAGAGGCUGUUUCUUCUACGUAAAUUAUGCCAACAACAGGGAGAGAUGGAAUCUAACUCGACAAGUUUAGCUCGUUCACAAACAAGUAAUGCGAAUUCACCAUCACUUAAUCCAGAAUGUACUACGCCCAAAAAAACAAUAAAGAAGAGAGCAUCCACGGAUGGAUCAGAAUCGAAAAAUAAGACAAAAAGGUAUAACAAAACUGCUAGAAGAUUGGUACAAUUGAUUCCAUUGGAUGUACAUGGAAGACCAUUAUUUCCUAUAGCCUUGGGAGAUCUUACAAUAUAUUCUCUUGGUGAUGUGGUAUCAGACAGAAUCGCAUAUCACACAGAAGAACUUAUAUUUCCAGUAGGUUAUUGCAGUACAAGAGUAUACGCAAAUUUGAGAGAUCCAAGAACAAAGAGUUUAUAUACCUGCAAGAUAUUAGAUGGUGGUCCAAAACCUAGAUUUGAAAUAGUAUCUGAUAAUGAUCUGGAUCAACCAUUAGUUGGAUCCAGUCCUGACGAAUGUCACUUAAAAUUAUUGGCAGCAAUUUCUCCAGUGCUUUGUACGAUAGUGCCAAAGGGUGCAGAUUUUUUUGGAAUUUCUCAUCCUACUAUACAAAACCUAAUCCAAAGUUCUCCAGGAACACGUAAAUUGGCAAUGUAUAAACAACAACGUUUUGAAGUAAGCAAAAAUCAUAUACAUCUGCAUGUUGAUCGAGCUGCAAGUCCAGUAACAGAAACAGAAACUGAUCCAGGAUUAGGCUUUGCGGCAUUACACAGGCAUUAUGCUUUGAAUUCUUAUAGAGUGAAAGAAGAACCUUCAGAUCACGAUCUAUUAGCACUUCAAGAUCUCCUCGCAUAAUUAUUAGUAUAAUAUAAAGUAACAAACAAUUUGUAUUAAAAUAAAAAGUUAACAAGGCAUCCAUAAAAAUUAAUAUUUUGAUUACAAUUUUUUUCGCCGCAAUAUAUUGAUGUCAUAGAAAAACGUUAAAAUGUUAUAAGGUGAAACUUUUGGCAAGUCGUGAUAAGUAAAGAUAUAUAGAAUAUAAA